AUGGUACGUUACUGACGUUAACUUACCGGUAUCCAUUCUCAUAGAUAACCACGAAACUAGUUAGUAUGUCUUUGAGUCAUACUCCUGUUCGUACUCCUUUACGGGAGAUCAAUGUACCAGUGAAUCAAACACCAAAGAGUGAAAUUUCUAAACUCACACCUUUUAAAGCUGGUUGGACGCCGAAAACUUCACCAGGACCUGCUUUGUUGCUUGCUAUUCGUUUAUCAGCAAAGAAAGAACUAAUAAAAAAUUAUCCAUCACUGGAAUACAAGGAUAUUGAAAAUUGCGUUGAAUCGAAAUCUCCAAGCAAUGUUAUACAUUUUCGGAAUCUACUGUUAUCUGAAACUGAACGUAUCACAAAGACAUGUGAUAAGUGGGAGAAUAUAUUAAUGGAGAUUGAAUCUGACGAGGAUGUUAAUGUAAAAAUACAUGAUACAAUUUUGGGUGACAUGAGAACAACUGUCGGCCAGGGAAGAUUAAUAAUGCGAGAACGUUUUCAUCAAUUUAGUGGCCUGGUUGACAAUUGUGAGUUUGGAACAAGUGAAAAACCAGUGACCUGUCAGGAUUUGCAGGGAUUUUGGGACAUGAUAUAUUUCCAGGUUGAAGACGUUGAUGCAAAAUUUGAAUUAUUGAAUAAAUGUCAGGCUGCUGACUGGGAUUCAAAUAUUCUAGCUAAACCUGUAUGCAAAAAAAACAUCAAAAAAAUUGUUAAAAGAAAGACCAACAAGAAAGAUGAUUCAAAGAAGUCUGAAAUUGCUAAGAAAAGAAGAGAGGAUUUCGCCAAGAAACGAGCUGAAGCAAGGAAAAGACUUGCAGUUGCCAAAGCUGGAAUGAUGCAAGCACAACAACAAGAAAACACUGGCGAUAAUAAUGCUAAACUAGAAAAAGAAAGAGUCACAUUUGAUGCUGGUUUCUUCAAGGUCGAUAGUCCUCUUAAAAGCCCCCACCUCAAAGUUCAAACCCCUGCUGGUAAGAGACUAACACCUCAUAGCACUAGCAUGCAAAAGCAGACAUGCACCCCAGGUAGUAUAACAAAAUCAUUGUCAUUGAAUUCUGCUGCCAAGACAUCUCCUUUAGUGCUGGAGAAUUCUACCAUGCAGAACGGUGAAAACUUCAAAAAAAUUAAUAAUUCUGCAUCGAAUUUGACCAAGCCUGAGAUCUCAAAAAGGCUCGAAUUUGUUGGCAACAACACUUGUACAGAAUUCUGUAAACCUGACGAAGACUGCAUUGUGGAAAUCUUGAUGGAUGAUCCGGAACAAAGUUGCGAAGAUUCUAAGUUGGAUGUAGAUGGCAUGUUACCAGAGUCAGAAAAUAUAACCAACAUUCAUGCCGAAAACGUAGCAGCGUCAUUAAAUCACACAGAAAGUUUUGAAAUCAUUGAAAAUAUCGUCGAUGGAAGUAAUAAUGAUAACUGUGAGCAAAGCAGUUUGAAACCAGAUCUUGAUUCUCAAAUUUGUGCAAAUGUGCAGCCAGAAUCACAUGAAAAAAUUAAACUGACUUUUACUACAGACAAUGUGCAUUGUGAUGUAAAUGAAGACAGUCCCACACCAUCGCAACGUACUAUAGAAGAAGCUUCUUCAGAAAUUCAAGUGCCUGAGAAAUUCUCACACUUUAAUUCGCCACUCGCAAGUAAUUUAUCAGAAACGGAUACCUUGUUAAUUAGUAUUUCACCACCAACACCUUUCUGUAAUGCUUCUGAAAAACAUAAUAACGAAAACACAUCCGACAAUACUUCAAAAUUUUCUAUGCUUUCUGAUACAAAUGAGCAAGAUGACAAUUCAACCAAGUCAUGUCAAGAGGUGUCUAUAUCUCUACCCAAUAAUGAUAACUUGACAGAAAUGAAUGAGGUAGAUCAAAAAGAUAUGUUAGACUCUUCAACUGCACAACCGGUUUUGUCCGGUGGGAACUUGUUUUCUCCUUUUCCACAAGAUAUAACAAGUGAUAACGUGAAUGAAGAAGCUUCAAAUUUAUCGAUUUUUAUUGACGAAGCGACUAAGAACAUAGAGAAGAUGUCAGAAAUUUUAUGUCCUAUUGCUGAGACUCCACUAAGGCCACCACAGUUUGGUAAACAUGCAGAAUUCCUAGAUUGCAGUAACAGGGUUGCUAAUACUCCAGAACUUGCUACUCAACAGGACGUCAAGAAUGAAAUAUCUCCUAACAAAGCAACUUUGCAGGCUGUUCUCUUGGAAACAAUGGAUAAAAUGAAAUUUCAAAUGGAAACUUUGCAAAAACUAAAUCUUAAUUACUUGAGAUCUCCAAACAAAGAAUUGGAACAGCUUCAAAUGAAGGUUGAUUCCUUGCAAUCUGAGAAAUGCAUUCUUCAAAAACAAUUAGAAGAUGAAAAGAAUCUAAAAAAGGAAAACCAACCACAUCAGAAUACAUUAAGUGAUUCUGACAAUAUCAGAAGACUGGUUUUCCAAACACAGGAUGAACUCAAUCCAGAGGAUGAGUCAAAUGACAUAUUGUACAAGCCACAUUAUUUCAGAUUGUUGGCAAGAGUGAAAGUACUUGAAACUGAAUUGAAAGUGUUCAAUGAUUUACAACCGGAUUUAUUAGAAAUAAAACCGAAAAUAACCAACACAUAUCAGAAACUUUGUAAAAAAGAAGAUGACUUGAAACAUUAUAGUGAUGCCGUGAAGAAACAUGAUGAAGAUCUCAGGAAAUCACUUGAAGAUGACAAUAAAGAAUUGAUAGUAUCUAGAAAAACAAUAGAAGAAUUGAAGCUUGAACUUGAUGCAGCAACUGAAAAACUUUUUGAAACGAAAAAAUUAGCAGAAGAAUAUUCUUCAAGUAUAGAAUCUGUUCAACAUCAGUUUGAUUCUAUAAAAACUGAAAAAGAUAAAGUGGAUACUGCUUUAAUAGGAUUGAGUAAAGAAAACACUUCACAUGCGGAGGAAAAUACUGUUUUGCAAGAAAAACUUGAUACGCUGUCAAAGCAGCUUGAGGAACAAACUUUAAAAUCUGAGUUUCUUGAAGGAAAACUAGGACAUGUUGGAAAAGAAGUUGAAUCUGCAUUCACAGAAUUCAAUUCAGUUAUCCAGAAACGGGAUGAAUUUAUUAAAUGUCAACAAAAACAAGUUGAAGAGUUAACAGACACAAACAAUAAACUCUGUCAAGAUUGUAAAUCUUUACAGGAUAAGAUUGAAACAUUAGAGUAUGUUGAAGAAGAAAUGAGACUUGUACAAGAACAACUUUCAGAAACAGAACAAUCUCUAGAAAUUUCAAAAAAUGAACAAUCAAGACUUGACAUCUUGACACAAGAUUUGAAAUCUGAAGUUGAAACUUUGAAUAAAACUAUUGAAAAACAGCAAUCAGAAUAUGGAAAUCUUCAAGAAGAACUUGAUGUUUCGAAAGCAGAAGCUCAUUUUAUGGUUCAACAACGUGAAGAAGAACUUGGAUACGGAAACUCUGGAAUGAAGCAUAUAUUGACCAUGAUGCAUGAACUACAUUCUAGACUUUGUGGAAUGAUCAGACCGGAAAUUGAGCAUAAAAGUAAAAGUGACUACAUGACUUGUCCUGAUGAUGUAAUGAUGACGCCAUAUGUUCGUCCACCAAAAGAUUUGAUUGUUGAUACUGUUCUUCGCUCAAAUGUGUCUCAAGACAACAAAAAACUAAAAGCUGACACACUUGAUAAUCAACCAACUCGUGAAGGGGAUGCCAUAAAUGGGUCACCUAUCCCAAAGGAUAAAGAUUCCAUUAUAGCAAGGGUUGACGAAGGUGCUGAAGUAUUUCAAUCAAUCAUAAAUGCAUGUGCAGAAGUUCAACUUCAAUUUCAGAAAGAUAUUGAAAACCUGGAAUUCAGAAACUCUGUGCUUGUGAAACAGCUAGCAUCAACGAAAGAAAAAUUGUUUGAUUUCAAUAAAGAAGAGAAUGAGCUCGAGCAAAUGCUGAGAAAGAGAAUAGAGAAGCUAAUGAAAGAGGGAGAAGAGAAAUCAAAUAAAAUUCAAGAAAACUCUGAUCUUCUGAGAAUGCUCUCUGAUCAAAAUAUGGAACUUUCAAAAUAUAAAGUCAAAUAUGAGGAAUUGUUUGGUGAAUUCAAAACAUCAAAGAGACAUCGUCAAACUAAAAGAAGAAGUUCAUCAGCUGGAAGUUUGAAAUUUCUUUCGUAAUUAAGCUUUUUUUUUUUUAUUUGGUAUGGGUUUUCAUUUGUAGAUGAUAAAAGUAUGGCUUAAUGGCCUGUCCUUUGGUGGUGUUUUGUCUUUACUCUUCUUUCAUUGUUAUUAAUUACCGCAACCAUUUGUGGAAUGUAGGAUGACAUGUUUUCUGCAAUUGAAUUCUAGGUACGUAGUGUGUGUACCAGGUUAGGGUUAGGCCAUAAUUUUAUUUUGAUUUUCCUUGCUUUAGUUCUAUUACGAGUUGGGGACUGUCUGUGUUAACCGAGUGAAUAUACCCCCUGCCCAUAUAUUUCAGUCCCUUUCACAACUUGAUGUAAAGUAGGUGAACCAAAUUAGUUACUUCCAUAUUGUGUAAUACUAAUUAUUAAGCAUUAUUUUUGACUGCCCUAAUUGUGUGUGCUGAUGCCUUCUAUUUUAUAUAUUUUGACAACAUUGCUUAUUUUCAAUCAUUGCUUUCGUGUAUGUCAUAGGUUUGAUGGUUGAUAGUUUGCUUGCUUUAUUACUAAUCUUACUAUUUCUAUCAGAAAUGAUGUUCCUUAUAUGUAAUUCUGUGAUAGAUGUUAUCGUUGUUCACUUGGUUUUGAUAAUUUAAAAUUGUUGCUUUGUGUGAUUGCUACAUUUGUCAUAGUCAUAGCUAUUUGUUUUCUUCAUUUUUUUUUCAUUGGGUUUCUCUUGUGAUCCAGUGAUUUUUUGGAGACUAUCUAACUUGGGGAAAAGGCGACCUUGCGGUUUUUUCUUCUAAAAAAUUGUUUAUGGUUCAAACCCCACCAGGUUGUCCAUGUCUUUUGCAAUUCUGAAAAUAAAAAAAUAUUCUAGUGUGA